UUAGAUGAUCUGACAGAUGAUUGACAGCAGCGCACAGCUAUUACGUUGCGUCAGGGUUAUGGCUGCUGCGAUCAGACUUCUCUCGCCCUGGAGAUUUUACCGAUUCGCCAGAGCGAGUAAAGCUGUGUGUGCUCCGCUGCACAGCUCUGCUGCAGUUAUGGGAGCAUCAGUAGAAGAGUUCAACGCGGCCAAAGAAAACCUAGGAGCUCUGAAGAAGGAUCCAGGGAAUGAAGUCAAACUCAAGGUCUACGCACUCUUUAAACAGGCCACACAAGGACCCUGCAACACCUCCAAACCCAGCAUGCUGGACUUUGUGAAUAAAGCCAAAUGGGACGCGUGGAAGAGUCUAGGCCCCGUGUCACAGGAAGAGGCCAGGCAGCAGUAUGUGGAUCUCAUCUCGUCUCUGGUGGGAACAGAAGCUCCUGCGGUGGCAGCGCAGCCCACCGGGAGCACAAAGGGCUUCCAGACCCUGCUGGUCAGCACAGAGGACAACAUCACCACCAUCCGGCUCAACAGACCCGAGAAAAAGAACGCCAUCACUGUGGAGAUGUACAAUGAGCUAAUCGAAGCUUUGGAUCUUGCUGGCAAAGACGAUUCUGUCAUUACAGUGAUAACAGGUAGUGGAGAUUAUUACUGCAGUGGAAACGACCUGAACAACUUCACAAAGAUCCCUGAGGGUGGAGUUGAGAAGUUGGCUAAAGAAUCCGGGGAGUUACUGAGGAGGUACGUAAAGGUGUACAUUGACUUCCCCAAACCUCUGAUUGGAGUCAUAAACGGACCGGCGGUGGGGGUGUCAGUCACUCUGCUGGGACUUUUUGAUGUUGUUUAUGCCACAGAGAAGGCGACGUUUCACACACCCUUCAGUCAGCUGGGUCAGAGUCCAGAGGGCUGCUCUUCAUAUCUUUUCCCCAAAAUUAUGGGUGCGGCAAAGGCUAGCGAGAUGCUGUUGUUUAAUAAGAAGCUGACGGCCACACAGGCCUGUGAAGUGGGUCUGGUGACCGAGGUCUUUCCUGAAAGCUCCUUCCAGUCCGAGGUGUGGACCAGACUGAAGGCCUAUGCCAAACUGCCCAGGAACUCUCUGGCUCUGUCGAAGCAGCUGAUCCGCGUGGUGGAGAAAGAGAAACUUCACGCCGUGAACGACGCAGAGGUGGAGAGACUGGUGGAGCGCUGGCUCUCAGAUGAAUGCAUGCAGGCCAUCAUGAGCUUCUUCCAGGCCAAGUCUAAACUUUGAGAAGAGCCCAUGGAGCCAUUCAACAUACAGCCUCUUCCCAAAAUGACCUUUCUUUUGCAAUAGAUUUUCCAGUUAACCCUAUAUCCUACAAACAACAGAAAGAAUCACCCAACUCAUCUAAACAGUGGAUUGUAUAGGAUUUGUAUAGCAUUGGAUGAUGUAUACGUAACAUGAGACCUUUUAUUUAGUCAUUCUGUCAUAAGUUUAAUUAGACGACCAUGUAAUAUAGUGUUUUGGAACAAAAUUAACCGUCUGUUCCAUUUACUGUACCAGACGUGCACUUAGUAGGUUGUAACACUCGGUGCCUUGCUAAUGUGAAUGCAUUUGUGUUCUUUUAUCUGAGGGCCAAAAAUCAGUAUACUCCGUUUCAGAUGUGUAUCAAUACAUUAAAUAAUUUGUAUAGUCUUUUGACAUUUUGUCCUGAAUACAGUUUUAAUACCUACUUAAAUACAA